AUGGCAGAACCGACUGGAGUGUACAAAUUUACGAUAGAUGGAUUUCGAGUAACCGCCGAUAUGAAAAAGAAUUUCGAAAAUAAUGGGUACAUCUUAAUCAGAGGUAUGUUCGAUGACAAAGAAAUGGCAAAUCUGCGAAAAGUUUUCGAAGAAUCAGACCUGAUCGCAAAACAUGGGUUAAAAGUUGGUGAUGGAGCAGGUAAACAAACUAAAAUUGUAGUCUGGACGCAUCCCGGAAAUGACGUAUCAGGAGUCAUGGCGCGAUGUGACAAGAUUGUCAAUACCUGUGAAGACCUGCUGGGAGAUGAAGUAUACCAGUAUCAUGGUAAAUUAUUGUACAAAGACGCCUUCACUGGUGGAGCUCACUUGUGGCAUCAGGACUACGGGUACUGGUACAAAAAUACCUGCCUUUUCCCAGACAUGAUGACAGUCUUCGUUGCCAUUGACAAGUGUGCCAGGACAAAUGGAUGCUUACAGAUUCUACCUGGAUCACAAAAGUGUGGUCGCAUUGACCACGAACUAUCCUUCGGUCAAAUGGCUGCAAAUACAGAGCGCGUGGAGGCAAUAAAGAAAUUUUGUCCGCUGACAUACGCAGAGAUGGAACCAGGUGAUGCUUUGUUCUUCCACUGUAACCUGCUACACUGUAGUUCCGCUAACGACAGCCCUGACAGGAGAUGGGCCUACCUGAUAGCGUACAAUACUAAGACUAACAACCCAGUUGUUCCCCACCACCACGCCCAGUAUACACCGAUUCAAAAGGUCCCUGAUAGUGCUGUUGCAGAGUGUACUAACUUCACAGAUUUCGCCGACAAGAAGUUCUUGGAAGGACACGAGUCUAAAACUUCCAAGUUCGAACAAUCUGAAAAAUGA